CCCGGCGGCUGCUGCGUGUGCACCGCGUGGCCCCGGCACGACCUGGCGGACGGCUACGUGCAGGUGGAUCUCAUGUGCAGGACAGCAGGGUUAACCGCGGCGGGGCUGAAGAACCUCACGGUGGACGUGGGCCAGCUGAAGCUUUUGGCCUAUCACCGCUUAAAAAAAGCAGCUGUGAGAGUAGUGCUGAAAAGUGCCGCACUGAAAAAGUCAACCCCCCGGGGCUUGCUGCAGGAGAUAAUAAAAGAGCUGCUAAGAAACGUCUAUGUUUCUGUUAAUUACACUGUUACAGUUGCACCAACUCUGGAAAAUCCAGUAGUUUAUAUUGAAAUACUCUCUACAGACCCUUUGACAGAUGAAGCUGGACUAGUAACUCCCCAAACAAGUGUAAAAAUUAAAGAGGUCAUCACUUUAGAGUGGUACAGGCACUUAACUGAGGACACAGCGAAAGUCUCGGUUGCGGGACUAGAUGGUGUGGGAAUGUCUCUGAAGGAAAUGGUUGAUUUGCCCUUCCGCUUCCCAAAAACUUUCAGGAAGCUGGGACUUUCUGUCCCUAACGGAGUGCUGUUAGUAGGUCCUCCAGGUGUAGGGAAAACCCUUCUGGUAAAGGCAGUAGCUAAGGAAGUGGGUGCUUAUCUGCUCUGCAUCAGUGGUCCAGCCCUGUAUGGCUCAAGACCAGGAGAAAGCGAGGAGAAUUUGCGAAGAGUUUUUGAGAAGGGCAGAGAAAUGUCCCGUGAAGGACCAACCAUUGUCUUCAUUGAUGAAAUCGACUCUUUGUGCCCAAAGAGAGGGAGAUCAAACAGUGCUCCUGAGGAUCGUCUUGUUGCUCAGUUGCUAACACUGCUGGAUGGCGUAGGCCACAAAGAUAGGAUGGUCAUUAUGGCAGCAACAAACAGGCCUGAUGCCUUAGAUCCUGCACUGAGAAGACCUGGCAGGUUUGACAGAGAGGUUAUUAUUGGGACACCAACCUUUUUACAGAGAAGAUCCAUCCUGCAGUUGCUCACAACUAGUAUGCCAAUUUCUGCAGAUGUUGAUCUGGUUAAACUGGCAGAAAUGACAACUGGGUAUGUUGGAGCUGACCUUACGGCACUCUGCAGGGAAGCUGCUAUGCAGGCUGUGUUCCAAAGCUCUCUGGAUUCAGCUGAAAUUAGCAUGGCAGAUUUCCAAGAAGCUUUUAAAAAGAUUCAACCAUCCUGCUUUCGAGGUGCUGUUGGACUAACAGAGUGUAAACCUGUUACCUGGGAGCAAAUUGGUGGUCUUGAAGAAGUGAAACUAAAGUUAAAACAGAGUAUUGAGUGGCCUAUGAAGUUUCCUCAGGCUUUUGCUAGGAUGGGCCUGGCACAUCCAAAGGGUAUUCUUCUCUAUGGGCCAUCAGGGUGUGCCAAAACCACACUAGUAAAGGCUGUGGCCACCAGCUGUCACUGUUCCUUUCUCUCUGUAAGUGGUGCUGACCUCUUCUCGCCUUACGUUGGGGAUUCAGAGAAGAUUUUGUCUCAGGUUUUUCGCCAAGCAAGAGCAAAUACUCCAGCAAUAAUAUUCCUAGAUGAGAUUGAUUCUAUCUUGGGAUCUCGGUCACACUGUAAAAGUGGCCAUGGUGUCUCAGAGAGAGUUCUUUCUGUUCUUCUCAACGAGUUGGAUGGAAUUGGACUGAAAGUCACAGAAAGAAGAGGAAAAAAACUACAGCUUGAGGGUGAAUGUCAGGAACAAAGUGAUGAGGAGAGAAAGCUAGAGUUUCAAGAAACUUUGAACAAGGAUUUCAUGGUAGUUGCUGCAACAAAUAGACCGGAUAUGUUGGAUGAUGCCUUGUUGCGUCCUGGAAGGCUAGACAGGAUGAUCUAUAUUCCGCCUCCAGACCUGAAGGGAAGACUUUCUAUUCUGGAAAUCUGCACAAAAAAAAUUCCACUAGACACUGACGUGUCAUUACAAGACUUAGCACUCCAAACAGACCUCUUCUCUGGAGCUGAUCUUGAAAAUCUGUGCAAGGAGGCUGCUUUGUUGGCAUUACAAGAGAAUGGACUUGAAGCAACUACUGUUAAACACGAGCACUUUGUAAAAUCAUUGAGGACUGUAAAAGCAUCCUUAACUGUCAAAGACUUGGAUUUUUAUGAAAAAAAUUAUAAUCAGAAAUUCACCUCUUGAAUCAGAAGAGUGCUGCAGCAUAAAUAUUUUUAAAUAUAUUACAAA